GAGGGGUGGAGAGGAGGAGGGAGGGAAGACGUGGCUGAAGGCACCGCCGGCAGCGACAGCAACAGGUAUUGCUCUUCUAGCUACGCUUAUCGACGCACGCACCAUGGCGCUCGGGUCACUAUCGUACUGGCUGAUGGUGAUGUGUGUGGCGUUCCCCUUGGCCACCUGCGAUGCCUCGAAUAUAGAAAGACUCGGUACUCAUCCUUAUUACCGUCAGUCCUCGUGGCCACGCCCGUACAAGCUCCCUGGCCACUUGUAUUCUCGCUUGCCGCAACCUAUCUUAGAUCUUCAGAAUAAUGUCUGGGGGCGUAGCAGCAGGCCCGCCACGCUCCCUAUCUCGCCUCGUCUCGAAAACACCAACGCUGAUUUAACCGACGCCACAUCACAGCGGCAUGGCAUUUCAAGGAGGCCACAAGCGUCCAACCACCGCCAUGGGAGUAGACGGGGAUCGCUGGCCACCGCAAAUUCGGAAAGUGGAUCACUGUCGUCCUCCGUCUUCUUGAGUGAACCACGCAACAGGUGGACAGUGGCCGACAAGCAGUGGAAAUGGCCUCGCAGGUUUUUUACGUCCUCCAGCACUUUGGGAGGAAGGAGCCACUCAGGUGGGCGACAGGCCUGUGAAAACGGAAAGGUGUGGCGACGAGGGCAGUGCAGGUGUCCAUACCUUUCACGAUGGGACACUGAAACCAACAAGUGUGAAUGCAUCUAUGGUACCUACCGCCAUGCCUCAGGCAACUGUUACAACUACUAACCACCUACAGUUUGUCAAUACCAAGCAAAAACACAACAGUUAUUAAUGUUUUUUUUUCUCUGAUUAUGGUCUAAAUAAUGUAGUGAUGGGUACCACGAAACUCUGAAGCAGAUAUGGGGAGAUACUAUAACUGGUGUAUGUAAAUUGUGUUUAGAGAUCAAAAUGGUAAUGUUUGUGGGAAUAGUUGUUCCAAUACAGUAAACAACGCAUAAGUUGAACCAACUGGGAGAAGGCCAAUCCAAGUUAUCCAAAAAUCAGAAUUACUCAAGGGAUUUUUUUUCCCACAUUAUGCACGAUUGUUAUCACUAACAGUUGAUAUGAUUUGUGUAAUGCAUUACAUAAAUAGGUAUUACAUACAUGGCGCACAUUCACACAUCGCACACGUCGCAUACACACACACACACACACACACACACACACACACACACACACACACACACACACACACACACACACACACACACACACACACACACACACACACACACACACACACACACACACAUACACAUGUACUGCACCAUGAGCUUGGCAGAGCUCACACCUCUCUCAUGAUCCUGUAUAAAAGUCAUUCUGUCUGCCACAGACAGCAUCUUCAGUUUCCUGAGUAAUGUGGAAGACACAGCCUUGCCCUUACAAGCCAUGGUAGGAUUACAAGGACAACAAUAAGGGCUACAGAGCUGAGAGAAACACUACCCGAUACUUGUCAGCUAUGUAAACACUGAUCUUGGUGCCAGCAGUACCGCAGCACACAUGCCUGUUUCAUUUCUCGAAUGGCUUGGACAACUCCUCAAAUGACUUGGAUGAUAUGAGAACUAUCAGGGAUAUUUUUAACCUGCAUAUAAACUUAAAGGCUUAAAAUUACUCAAUCACAGGGCAAAAAAUGCCUACCAGUCCACUUGGAAGAGAAUGUAAAAAGAAAAAGAACAAAAUUCUGAAAGUGAAAGUGGAAGUGUCUAAUUUAUUUGAUAUUCAGUUUAUUUAGGUCCAACUUAAGCGGAGUUUACUGUCAUUAUGUGCAGAGUUUAGCACUGAUAAGAAGUGACGCUGGGCUGUGUGCUUUAGUAAUUAGAAAUGUGUGUGGUGAUUCCAUCCACUGUAAUUUAGUCAAUAGUAACUGUGUACAUAAAAGCUUUAACUGUUUCAUAAAUACCUUAGGUAGCACAAUCUUUUUUAUCUGUAGUGCAUAUUGAAGGAAUGAACAAAGAAAUAAGAAAGGAAAAGAUUUGUAUGUAAUAGUUCAAUAUAAAGUACUGAUAAAUACAAAUACCUUUGUAGUCCUGAUAAAGAACAUUGUGAGCAGGUGGUAGAAAAUUGCCAUAAUUUUUCAAAAGGCAGCUUCCACAUGUACAUGGAUCAGCUUCACUCAUUCAGCUAAAAAUCACAAUAAAUGUGUCAAGGACCAUUGGCUUUUUGAAAAAUAUAUGAAAAAAACAUCAGACAAGGAUUUUAUUUUGGCAGAGAAUGUUUGAGACUCUGAUCUAAGUGUGUGUGUGUGUGUGUGUGUGUGUGUGUGUGUGUGUGUGUGUGUGUGUGUGUGUGUGUGUGUGUGUGUGUGUGUGUGUAUUUACCUAGUUGUAUAUUACAGGGUUCAAGCGGGGCUCAUAGUGACCUGUCUCCAUAUCUAUUUUCAUCCAACUUAUCCCUAAAUUUGUGUACACUUUCUGCUGCUAUACUCUCUUCACUCAAGCCGUUCCAGAUGUCCGCCAUCCUAUGUGGAAUCCUUAAUUUUUUAAUGUCCCUAAAACACUGACUUUUUAUGAUCUUGGGGUGUCUUCUUGUUUGUCUAUCUCCGCCCUCCGUAAGUGAUACCAGGUCUUGUUUCUCAAUCUUUUCCAUAUGGUUUACCAACUUAUAAAAUGUUAUUAGAUCUCCUCUUUUCCGUCUAUCCUUCAAAGUUGGUAGUUCCAUUUCCUUCAGUCUUCAUUCACAGGGAAAAUCGUUUAUUUCUAGCACCAUCUUUGUAGCAGUCCUUUGAAUUCUUUCUAGUUUCCUGAUGUCCUUCUGUCUGUAUGGUGACCACACCACUGCUGCAUAUUCUAGUCUAAGUCUUAUAAUAGUGGUUAUGAUCUAUUUCAUCAUACUCAUACACGUAAUUGAACGCCACCUUGAAAUUUAUUCGUUUCUUGUAUAUUAAAGAAAUAACCCA